UUCCUUAUAAAUUCCAACACUAGGCAACAAGCUAUCGCGACCUCCCAGGUUUUGGUUCCACAAAAAAAAAAAUGGAGACUAUGGGUUUGCAGUCACUUGCUCCAGGUGAUGAGGUUGUGGAUCGUAAGUCUGCAGGCUAUCAUCCGAGCGUGUGGGGAGACUACUUCAUCCUACACGGCCAGUCGUCCCCUCAAACACAGGAUGAAAGAGAGAGCUGAAGAGCUGAGGGGGCAAGUAAAGAGCAUGUUCGAUGAUACUACUGAUCUGCUGCAGACCAUGGAGCUGAUUGAUUCAAUCCAGCUUCUUGGAUUGGAUUAUCACUUUCAGAAGGAAAUAAGCGAAGCACUAAGUCGAAUCCAUGAUGCUGAUAUUGACGACCACGGUCUUUACCACACUGCUCUCUGGUUUCGGCUGCUCAGACAACACGGACAUUAUGUGUCCCCAAAUGCCUUUAACAAGUUCAAAGAUGAGGGAGGAAGUUUCAUGUCUACGUUGGGCAGUGAUGUGAAGGGACUACUAAGCUUGUACAACGCAGCCUAUCUUGGGACUCAUGGGGAGAUCAUUCUUGAUGAAGCCAUCUCUUUUACGAAGAAUAACCUAGUGUCUGCAUUAGCUGAUCUUAAACCACCAUUAACAAUGCAAGUGUCUCUCGACCUCGAGACACCUCUCUGUAGAAGAAUGAGAAGGCUCUUGGCAAGAGAUUACAUCUCCAUCUACCAAGAGGACGCCACACGAGAUGAUGCCAUCCUGGAGCUUGCAAAGUUGGACUUCAAUUUGUUGCAAUCUCUUCAUCGCGAGGAACUUAAGAACAUCACCAAGUGGUGGAAUGAUUUAGCCCCCUCAAAAAAUCUCAGUUUCGCUCGAGAUCGAUUGGUGGAAUGUUACUUCUCGAUUCUGGGAGUAUACUUUGAACCCUACUAUUCUCGUGCACGAGUGAUAACGACCAAGGUGGCUGCCCUUACUUCAAUUCUGGACGACAUAUAUGAUGUCUAUAGCACAUUGGAGGAGAGUCAACGACUUACUGAGGCAAUUCAAAGGUGGGAUGCGAAGGUUGUUCAUCAAUUACCAGAGUACAUGAAAGAUUAUUAUCUAAAGCUAAUGCACACCUUUGAAGAGUUUGAAGAUUUAUUGGCUUCCAGUGAGAAAUAUCGCAUAACCUAUCUAAAGAAAGCGAUGAAAGAUUUAUCUGAAGCUUAUUUUGAGGAAUCCAAAUGGAGAGAUCAACAUUAUGUACCAACUUUGGAAGAACAUCUACAUGUUUCCCUCAUAAGUUCAGUAUAUCCUAUGCUCGAAUGUGCCUCUUUCGUUGGAAUGGGAGAAAUAGCAACUAAGGAGGCAUUUCAAUGGAUUACUAGUUUCCCAAAAAUUGUCCAAGCUUCUGCAAUAAUUGCUCGUAUCAUGAAUGACAUUACUUCACACGAGUUGGAACAAACUAGGGAACAUGUUGCCUCCACAGUCCAAUGCUACAUGAAAGAGUACGGAACAAAUAUGCAUGUGGCAUGUAAGAAACUCCAAGGUCUAGCUGACGAUGCAUGGAAGGAUAUAAACAAAGAGUGCCUCAAUCCAGUUGCAUUCCCCAUUAAUUUACUUGAAAGGAUUGUUAAUUUUUCACGAAUAAUAGAAAAUAUAUAUAAGUAUAUUGAUGGAUACACCAACUCCUCUACAAAGAUGAAGGAAUACAUCUCCUCGUUACUUGUACAACCUAUUCCAAGUUAAUUGUAUGACGAUGCUUGCUUCUUUUAUUGAUCCUUUAUUCUGAAAUAUAUUUAAGCCUUUGUAAACUAAAGGCUGCAGGUAAAGUGAACGUUUACUGUAAUAGCCCUGUGAAGCUCAAGCCAGUGUUAUCUAUGGAAAACAGAAAUCCUUGCUUAACAGUAGGUCAAAGCAAUUUGCAAGUUGCUGGUAUACUGCUCACUCUUUUGAGUCCUUCAAUUUGCAAGUUCAAACCAUGUUUAUCGUGAAGACAAUAAGGUUAAAGCCACUGUUAGCUCGAAUAAUGCUUUUCCAUCAUUGCUCUCCUGUCUUUUAAGCUAUGCUAUUUCAGA